AUGUCGAACGCCUGCCAUACUUCUCUCCUGAACCUGCCCAUCUCGGUGCUGAGUCGCUUGGCCAUCGGCAUCACAAGUUGGAUGGCUGAUAAGGGCCGUAUCCCGCGGCCCCUAUACCCGAUGGGCGUCUUCAUGGUUGUUAUGGCCUUGUAUGCCAUCCUGGUCGCCUAUCCGUUCAACGGCUUCGUGCACGCCGCCACCCUCAUCGGCAAUGCUUUCACGGCCUCCUUUUUCCCGCUCAUGUGGCCGAGGCGGUUGCAGAAGACGGCAUGCCCGACGGGCUCGGCGUUUAGCAUUGGCAUUAUCAACAGCUAUGUGCAAAUUGGUAGUGCAAUUGGGCCGCAGAUAUUUCGGCAGCAGUACGCACCACGGUACCGCGAGAACCUUGCGAAGGUCGAGAUGGUGGCUCAGAAAGAUGGGCUGGAGGUGCUGGAUGACGUUGUGGAUCGGGACCUGGGCGAAAAGGGUGACUUUUGA